AUGUCCUUUGCAGUGAACAAGCUAAAUCAGUUCUUAAAGGCUCCAACAACCACGCAUUGGUCUGCUGCCAAAAGGAUACUCAGGUACUUGAAGGGAACCAUACAUCACGAGCUACACAUCAAAUACAGUGAGAUACUCACUUUAACUGGCUUUUCAGAUGCCAACUGGGCCAGUUGUCCUAAUGAUAGAAAAUUUGUUGCUGGCUAUUGUGUUUUCUUUGGAGACACACUUGUUUCCUGGUCCUCUAAAAAGCAGACUGUUGUUGCCAAAUCUAGCACAGAAUCGGAGUACCUCGCCUUAGCCCAAGUUGCUGCAGAAAUUGCCUAG